UUACGAUGUCUAUCCGGAUAUCAAAUAUGGUGGUGGAACCCAAAUGUGGAUAUUAACGCAAAAACCUACCUGGAGGCCUGGGAUGUAUUAGAAUAAAUUACCGCUGAUUUGCUCUCGAAAGAUCAACAGCCCACUUCACUGAUGAGGUCCAAGACACCCAUAAGAGAGGAGGACUGAGCAGGCCCCUUGCCAGCACAGCUCUCCUCUGGAGAAGCCCAGGUGCAACAGCAGCAGGGGCAGCGUUUCAUCAUCCAACUCCCUAGGACUCUACAGUCCUGCCCUCCACAUUUCCUAUCUUAGUGGGUCCCCGCGAGCGUUCAAAACUGUUUCUCCAACGCUUCUACCAAAAACUCAGACUGUUUUCCAGAGCAGAAGUAGCGGUUGGGCCCAGCUGCUCCUCCUCCCAGGGGGAAGCCAUGGGGAGCCUGCGAAGCCACCGCUACAGCAUCGUCUCCUCCGAGGAAGACGGCAUGAAGCUGGCCGCCAUCGCCGCCGUGCCCAACGGCUACGGCAACGGCAUGGUAGCCAAGGCGGACACGGCGCAGCAGCAGACUGUGAGCCGCUUCGUCCAGAAGGACGGCCACUGCAACGUGCAGUUCAUCAACAUGAGCGAGAAGGGCCAGCGCUACCUUGCCGACCUGUUCACCACCUGCGUGGACAUCCGCUGGCGCUGGAUGCUGAUCAUCUUCUGCCUGUCCUUUCUCCUCUCCUGGCUCUUCUUCGGCUUCGUCUUCUGGCUGGUAGCGCUCUCCUAUGGCGACCUGGAGAACGAGACGCAGAUGUGCGUGUCCAACGUCAACAGCUUCACCGCUGCCUUCCUCUUCUCCGUGGAGACGCAGACCACCAUUGGCUAUGGCUACCGCUACGUCACCGAGGAGUGUCCCGUGGCCGUCUUCAUGGUGGUAUUCCAGAGCAUCUUCGGCUGCAUCAUCGACGCCUUCAUCAUUGGCGCCGUCAUGGCUAAGAUGGCCAAGCCCAAGAAGAGGAACGAGACGCUGAUCUUCAGCCACUACGCCACGGUGGCCAUGCGGGACAGCAAGCUGUGUCUGAUGUGGCGCGUGGGGAACCUGCGCAAGAGCCACCUGGUGGAGGCCCACGUUCGCGCCCACCUCCUCAGGUCGCGCACCACAGCCGAAGGCGAGUACAUCCCCCUGGACCAGAUGGACAUCGACGUGGGCUUCGACAGCGGCGUCGACCGCAUCUUCCUGGUGUCGCCCAUCACCAUCGUCCACGAGAUCGACGAGGACAGCCCCUUGUACGAGAUGGGCAAGCAGGAGCUGGAGACGUCCCAGUUUGAGAUGGUGGUGAUCCUGGAAGGUAUGGUGGAAGCCACGGCCAUGACCACCCAGUGCCGCAGCUCCUACGUGGCCAGCGAGGUUCUCUGGGGCCACCGCUUCGAGCCAGUCCUGUUCGAGGAGAAUAACUACUACAAAGUGGACUACUCCCGCUUCGAGAAAACCUACGAGGUGCCCAGCACGCCCCAGUGUAGUGCCAGGGACCUGGCCGAGAAGAAGUCCCUGGUCUCUAGCUCCAACUCCUUCUGUUACGAGAACGAGGUGGCCCUUGAAAAAGUGGAGAUGGAGGAGGCGUUUGACGAGGAGAAAGAGGAGGAUGAGGAGGAGAAGGAGGUGAAGGAGGAGGAGGUAAAAAUUGAGGAUCAGGGUGCUAUUGAGAAUGCAGCACUGGUGGAGACAAACACAGACACAGUCUCUGUACAUUCUGAACACGAUCAGGAUACCAGGAGUCCGACGAUGCCUUCAGAAGCAAGGCCUCUAAGACGAGAAUCAGAAAUAUGACUGCAGAGAAGUUAGGGGGGAAAUACUACAUGCAAUACUACUAUGAUAGGUUUGACCUUUGCUCCUAACGGCUUUC